GUGUGAGUGUGUGAGUAAAUCAAAGUGUCGAUUCAAUUGUAUCUGUAUCAUUAAACAGGGCAGGGCUUAAAGAAAACGAACUUGUGGAUAGUAGAGAUACAAAUUCGUAUCAUCAUGUCGUCUUUCACAAGAACAAACGCUAAUUCGAGUAGGGCUGGAACGAACUCAAAUAGGCCUCCUAGAGGGCUAGGUGCCGGUGGGAAACAGCUCAACAUCAACCGCCCUGUAAGAGAUUCUAAUGAACGAGUCCCUACUCGCGCUGAAGCGUUAAAUAGAAUCGAAGAGCAGUAUGAAGUUGAAAGAGCCAUACACGAAGAAAAGAAGAGAGAGAAAGAGGCAAAGAAAAGAGAAGAGUAUUUGGCCAGAUAUAAACACGUUGAUCAGGGUCACCGUUUGAACGAUGGUCUAUUAGAUGAAGCUGCAGGUUAUGCUGUGGAUUAUAAGCCAAAGGAAUCUCUGGAAGAGGUUCGGAAGCGACAGCAAAAGCACUUCAACAACAUCGCUUUAGUUUUUCAAGAGGAACAAAAAAAGAUAGGAGAGCAACAAAAACUGUUGGAUGCUGAGAAGGCAUUGAAAAAGCUGGAAGAAUAUUCACAGCAUAUCAACGUUGGCUAUAGGCUCGGUCGGGGGGAUGGCAACAGACCAGCUCCCAAUUACUUAACUGCUGAGACUUCCAAAAAUGAGCAUGCGAAACCAAAAGAGAGAGAGGGAACCAAUUCUUCAUCUUCCAAGCAGCAGCAGAAAAAACACCUAACUGAAAAUAAACUUCCUGAAUCGGUGAUUCAAAGAGAACCAAAAGACCAAAAACACAACAUGACCCAAGAGCAUCUGGAUCAAAAUAGCCACUGUCUGGAAAAGAGUGUUAAGAAAUCUGAAAACAAUAACAUACCAGUACAUCAGGAAACUGGCUUUGAAGUAGACAAAGACAAUAAUUUAGCUGUGGGUUACAACCCAAAUGAGACUUUUGAAGAGGUACUGAAGCGACAGCAUGAACAACUCAAAAACUUUGCUUUAACAAGAAAGGGAAGAGAGAGUUAUAAUCUAGAAGAGAAGGGAGUGGAAAAUUUGGAAAAUAAUAUAGAUUGUGAAAUUGGCUUUGAACUAGACCCAGACGAUAAUUCAGAUGAACAAAGGUGUGUAAGGCAGGUAUUGGAGGUCUUGGAUGACGACGAGGACUUGCCGAAUAAUGAGCGGCCGGAUCUUCAAGCUCCCAUAAGCCCCGAGUUGAUGCUAGAAGGUGAAACGGAAGAAGAAUUUCUUCAAAGGCAAGAAGAGCAGUUGAUUAUUGAAGCAAUGUUACUAAGUCAAAUAGAGUUUGAAACAAAACAGACAGAAAAAUUGCAAAAGAAUUCAGCUCCAAGUACCCCUGGCCAGGGAAUUAAAAAGGAAGAGAAAAGAGAAUGCACCGGAUGUAUUAAAGUGAGAGAAGCCAAAGUUCUCCAGACAAUUGUGUCAGAAGAGAAGACGAAGAUUCAGAAUUUCGAACCAGCAACGAGACAAGCAGACACGACAAAGGGAGCAAUUCCCAAAAAUAAGGCUGCAACAUUUCCUGAUGUAACUGAAAAGAAUGAAAAUGAUACAAAAAUACACAAUGAAAAUGAAAAGAGUGUGAAUGAUGGAGCUGUUCAAAAAAGACAUUCUGUGCGGGAAGCUCACAGUCAGUUGAACAUGAGUAAACUGUUGGACCAAAUUGAGGAAAGCGCUUCCACAAAUAAUGUGUCUCAGGCAAAUAUUGUUCCUAAACAACCUGGGGAGAGCUCAAAACCUUCUGGUGUAGAACCUGCAAGCUGUGUUUUGAGAAAUAAAAAUGGAGCUGUGUUAGUAUUGCGUCCUACGCCGCAACAGCUCAACCAAGCUUUGGCUCAGAAACUUGAAGUGCAAGAGGAGAUGGACAAGCGAGGUUCAUCGAUUCACUACAAACCAACACCUGAACAGGUACCACUCUAUUACAACAACCGAUUUGACAUCAACCAACGUUGUGAUGUUGCUAAUCAAACUAGUGCUGUACCAAAGAAAGAUUCACGUUUAGCCGAUAUGCCUGCAACUGUGAAAUCUGCUGGUGCUCCGUCCAACGGAGAAAACAUUAAAGAAGAUACUCCUUAUGAUCAUCAGGCCGAGUUGAGAGCUGCGAGACUGAGAUUCCAAAAGAAGUACGAGGAAACCCUCAAGAAGUUACAGGGAGAAAAGAAUAACCAAUAAAACUUAACCAUGAGACUGAUUUGAGUGCCUUUAAAAAUAACAUAAAAUAAAACGGGGAAAACAGGACCUGAAAUAUGACUUCCUGAAAUUUAGACAUCCUUAGUGUGGAUACUUUUAUGUAUUUAAAAGGCAAUAGGUUACAUAAAGUUACACCAAAUAAAGUUACAUUUUCAAAGUAUUUUACGGAGAGAAGAA